UUCGAUCACAAAGCGUAUCUUUCUCAUGAACCGGUAUGGUACUGCAGAUACGGCCAGAUAGCAAUCAGUGUAAUCGCUAUCUUCAGCUUCGGCUUCAAAGUGGAUCGAGGAGCGGGAAUGACUUGGGCAAUACGUAUUCACGCUAGCUUUGGCUCAAGGAGCACCUACAUCGCUUCAAGUACAUAAGGCCUGACACUUUUGUCUUCCGUUGAGACCUCCAGUGCUAGGCAUAUGUGGUAUCGCAAAGCAUCGCCAAAAACCAUCGCCAAACACAGCCUCACAGCAACAACGCAUCCUAUUUCUUCCAUCUAUCAUGGCUGCAGUCACCCCUAUCCUCGUCACUGAUGACCCUGACAUCGUCCAACAGCCCAUCGUGGAUCGCAAGAUGGCCGACGAAGUCGGUCCAGAAGAUGUCAACCUUGUCCGGUCUGGCCGUCUGAAGAUCGACCUGCUCGUCCUUUCUUGCAUCAUCCUCAUGUUCAUCUUCCUGCAAUUCGACAGGACAAGUCUUGGACAAGCUCUCACAGACAACUUCAGAAAGAUCGCCGGAGUCUCUACUAGCGACAUCAACACCGGCCAGACGCUCUUCACCUUGGCAUUUGUGCUCUUUGAGAUCCCCGCCAAUGUGGCCAUCAAGCGCUUCGGUGUCCACCGCUGGCUCCCUGCUCUGAUGUUCGCCUGGGGUACGGUCACUUGGUGCCAGAUGUUCAUUACUAGCAAGUCAGCCUUCUACGCUACUCGGUUCAUCUUGGCCGCUUGCGAGGCUGGCUUCAUCCCCGGAGCCGCCUUCUACCUUGGACAAUUCUACUCUCGCAAGGAGAUGGCGUUCCGCUACGCUCUCCUCUGGUCAGCGAAUGGCAUCGCCGGUGCCAUUGCUGGAGUUCUGGCACUGGGUCUGCUCAGCCUCAGCGGCACCGGGGGACUCUUUGGUUGGCAGUGGCUCUUCCUGAUUGAAGGUGUCCUCACCUGCGCCAUUGCGGUAUUCGCAGCUCUUCACCUGCCCCAGAGUCCACACGGUGCCACCAGCCACCGCGUCUUCGGUCGCAGCUUUGCCAUCUUGUCCGAAGCGGAGGCAGAGGCCCUGUCGAGUCGCGCUGUCCGCGAUGACCCCACUAAGGCUUCCCAGAGCAGCCGCAAGGUCGCCCUGCGUGACUUUGACAUCCUGUUGGACUGGCGCUUCUACGGCCACGCCGUCUCGGCAUUCCUUUCCUCGAUCAUGUUCACCCCCAUCAACACCUACGGUCCCUCGAUCAUCAAGAGCCUGGGCUUUGCUGGCUACACUGCCAAUGGCCUGAGCAGUGUCGGAUCGGUCCUGUCGCUCAUCACUUCUCUGAGCUUGGCUUGGAACUCUGACAGGACUCGCGAGAGGGGCCUGCACAUCAUGACUGGUUUCCUCAUCUCGGCAGUCGGGCUGCUCUGGCUGGCUGCUCCUCCCAACGGUGUGGCCAAGGGAAUCCUCUAUGCGGGCAUUGUAGUCACCCAGGGCGGCAUGGGUUCCGUACAGGGCAUCAACGCAGCUUGGCUGUCAGAACAUAUCCAAGAGCGUCAGCGACCGGUCGCCCUGGCGUCUUACGUCAUGUCGAUCCAGCUAGCCUCCUUUGUCGGCUCCAACAUCUUCACUGCCGCCGAGGCCCCACGCUACAGCAAAGCCCUGUUUAUCUGCGCCGGCUGUGUCCUGGGCGCAGUCCUCGUAGCGGGCAUCUGGAAGGUGCUGUAUGCAAUUUUGGCAAAAAAAGAUGCGGCAGCAACGCCCGCUGCCUCUGAGUCCAGUCACGAAGAGGACAAGUCGUCGACCUUUUAGAUUUGCGUUCUUCGAACCCGCGCAGCGCUUAGAAAAUGUAGAAAUAACCUUCUUGUACAGUUGCUGUUUGUCACGUGUUUUGUCUUGUCACGCCGUACGGGGUCGGAUCGAAUGCUAGCUGGUUCCGCAAUCCAAUUCGAGUCACGUAAGCUCCUUGUGUUUGAACGGUGUACAGAAGUCUCUGCCCUGGCUGGUGAGGUUGCGCCAUGUCAGCCAGGCAUCGGGGCGGGCUGUUCUGGAGCCUUGCUCAUCUGACUUUCCGCUGCGAUCUCUGUACGAGGAUGCGGCAAGGCCGGGACUACAUCCCCGGCUGUGCG